AUGAUAGUCAAACAUUACUCAGUCAAAAUCAACAAUCUAAUUGAGAAUAACAAGGUCCACUAUUAAAUCAUUGUAACCAGUUCCACUAAUCCUGCAGAUACUAAGACAACCAUGAAUAGAUAUUCAGAACUUAAGGACUUUCAUGAAUAAUUGAUUAAAAACAUCAACCUACUUAAACUCUAGUUAUAAUUACCUGAAUUCCCAAAAAGGUCUCUCUUCUCCAAAACCAAUAAGAAUCAAGAAAAGAUUAUACAAAGGCAACAAGAAUUGGAACUCUAUUUCAAUCAACUUUUCAGCAUUGAUAAAAUUCUUAGCUUAGCACCUGUCUAAUUGUAUUUACCAAUCGAAACACCCUUAAAUUAAUAGUAACUAUCCCCAGUCUAAUCAUAGAAUGAAAAUCAACGUCUCAAUUGAAAGCUACACAGUUUAUGAUGAUGUCGUAAUCUACUCUAUGAGAUUUAAAAACAAAAUCACCAAAGAGGAAUGGAUCUACAAGUAGAGAUACUCAGAAAUCAAGAACAUUCACGAUGCAUUGGUUGAGUAGGGAUACAAGGGCAAAUUACCUCCAUUUCCUACUCGCAAGCUUUUUGGCUAAACUAAUGAAAAUCCAGGUAUGCAAUCAAUUUUCAUCCUUUCUAGAGACCAUCGAAAAAAGAAGGGAAGAUCUAGAAGUCUAUCUGAAUGCUAUUUUUAGCACCUAAGAAAUAUAUGACAAUGAGAUAAUUUAAUUUUUGAUUGCUGAUUCCAAAAAGUAUUUUGAAACCAAUAAAAAAUUGGAAGAAUAGAAAAAAGUAUAAACCUCUUGAUUUACUAGAAUACAACUCAUUAAGCUAUUAUCUAUUCUACAUUUUUUAUAUUUAAUUUUUAUAAAUCAAUUUUAACUACUUAUGUAAGCGAGCAGCAGUGUUCAUUCAACCAAUCUUGAUAAAUAACCUAAAUACUCGCAAUUUGUAAAUGCCUAACUUUAUAGUGGCUAUCGAGUUCGUGGGAAGGAUCACUCUAAAUAUUCCUUUAAUUAACAACUGAGUCCAACAAAUGAUUAAAAAAUAGCAAACAAUUUAUCAGCGUCUUAAAGUUAUGUGAAUGCAAUGAAAGCAUUACAAGACAAGAUUAAAUACCUAGAAACAGAAAAUUAAAAUCUACAAUCCCUAAUUGUAUAUCCAUUCAAUAUCUAUUCAUAGAGUUCUGGGGGAUUAAUUAAAUCAUUUGAGAUUAAGCAAAGACAUGUAAGUGCCCAUUAAAAACCCAAUGAAAAUCAAUAAAUAAGAGAUCUGGAAUUAAAGCUCGCUUAGGUGGAAAUUGAAAAAUAAUAAAUCAUAGAGGAGAACGAAUAAAAAAUAUAAUAACUACAAGACAAUCUAAUGAACAUAGCCCAGUAAUCAGAUUUAAGAUAUAGAGAACAAUUGGAAUAGAUACAACAAUUGUAAUUUGUUUAUUUACAAUCUUUGUUAGAUAGGAUUAAUUGGAUUAGUAAGGAGAAAAUAACUAAAACUAUAGGAUCAAAAUUAACUCGUAAACUCAAGCAAUUCAACAAGAAAAAUUAGUAUUUAUAUUUACUACUUAUGUAGAAUAACAACAAUCUUGAAUAAAUUUUAGAUUAGGAAAAGAGGGAGACUAAAUUCUUAAUUGAAAAGAAUGAACAAUAGUAAGAGGAAAUUAGUAAAUUAAAAGAACAAUUACUCGAGAUACAUACAUAUAUGAAUUGGUAUACAAAAUAAUAUGAAGACAACAAAUUUCAAAGUAUAAUCCACAUACUAUUUAUAGAAUUACAGGAAGAGACUAUGAAAUACAAAAAUUAGAUUCACGAAUUAACUAGUUAAGUAGAAUAGUAUAAGGAAUUAAAUUUAAAGUUACAAUUUGGGUUAGAACAUAAAAAAUAAGAAUUGGAGAAAUCUGAAUUAAAGAGAGUUAAGAAAUUGUCAGAGUCUAAUAUCAAAAUUGAUUAACUGAAGCAAUAAUUAAUUAAUUUGUCUUCCAAUUCCAUAUUACAUACCUAAAGUCCAAGAGAGACAUUUAAGAAAUGCAAAUAGAGUGCAGAGAUAGUUAAAAGAACAUAAAAUUUAAGGAACUAUAGAUAACAAAAUAAUGAUAGCAAAAAACAAUUACCUGAAUAACCUUGCAAUUCAAUGUUUAAUAGUCCUUAAGAAUCAUAUAAAAUACAAUAAAAUGACUCAUAAAGUAGUGUUUUCAGCAGAUUGAUAGUAAAGACUCAAGAAGAGAACUUUCUGACUCAAUAAAAGAGUGAAGAUAGGAAUAAUAUUGGAAACAUUAUAGAUGAACAUAUUCAAACCAUUUAAUUAAGUGCAAAUUAAUAGGAGAAACAUCUCUAAAUUUAACCUAGAAUCUAAGAACUGAAUGAUUAAUUGAAGAUUCUAAAUUAAAAAUAUGAAGAAAUAGAAAGUGUAAUUUCAUAAUUGACAGAUUUGAAAAUCAAAAGAGAAAAAAGACAACUUUUGCUUCAAAUAAUAGAUAAAAUACAAGACAUAAAUAAAGAAUUAAAUACUCUUGUAGCUAAACAAAAAGCUACUUAGCAAUUUUGA